GGGGCGCACGGCGUACCACGGCGCACGUCCUCCGCACCUUCGUCUCCCCUUCCACACGCAGGGGAGAAGGAUUUGCGAAAUGCGGCUGCCGUCGCUGAGCUGUGUGUUCUGUGGUUUGCGCUGAUGUUUCCUUGUAGGUUUCCUCUAGCGUAGGUACAAUUCAAAGUGGACCACAUCUACAAUAUUCAGGUCUCAGCAGGAAAUCUCAGCUGUACUAAGUUGGGUUUAUGCGAAAGGAAAGUGCACUGACAUCCUAAAAGAAUCGUCUUGAGGCCUGCCAUGUUUCAGACAGGUCUCUUAAUUUUAACCUCAUCACCUAGGAUCUUGACAUCAAAUGUAUCUGCCUAUUUGAAGGCUGCCAAGAACUUCGUUAACAAGACUUUGUACAUUAAGCUUGAGCCCAACCAGCACCACUUGUGGCCUGUCCAACAACCUGUUUUCACACCUUCAGAGCUGUCCCAACUACGAAAGCUCAUUCCAGACAUCUAUUUUAAGGCGGCUGGAGUGUGCGCACACCUUGACAUCAGAGUUCUUCAAAGCUGCUUCAAGGAUCCUGCUCACAAGGAGAAUCACUUGAAGACAUCUUUUGAUGUUGUGCUGACGGAUGGUAGCCAUGGCCGCACCGAUUUGGAGCUGUACGUGGGACACCAGUUCAACAAGAGCUGCUCGAAUUUCCACUGUCUUGACUGCAAGUUGACUGUCAGUGAUGCCAAUGAAGACAGCUUUAAUGGCUUCAGUCACGGAAGCAAUGGGGUCCAAAACAAUUCCACUUUUCAGACAUUUGAAAGUGUCUGUCUUGGAGGUACCUUCGACCGCCUGCAUCUUGGCCACAAGGUGUUGCUCUCAGAGGCAGUGUUGCAUGCAUCGGGCAAGCUUGUAGUUGGAGUGACAGAUGGUGACAUGUUGAAAGGCAAAUUACUCUGGGAGCUGAUAGAGCCAGUGGAGGCUCGUAUGCAUGCCCUGCUAGACUUUCUGCGUGACAUUGACACAACACUGCACUAUGAUGUGACACCCAUCUACAACCCCUAUGGGCCAACCAUUGAAGACAAUGAUUUGGAAUGUUUGUACGUGAGCGAAGAAACCAUGAAAGGAGGCAGACUGGUCAAUGAGGAGCGAGCCAGGCGGGGCAUGUCUCCAAUGGUUAUCCGAUCCGUAGGCCUAGCUGAAGAUGUUUGUCGAGGCAGCGGUGAAGAAUUUAAAGUGAGCUCGUCUUCACUGAGGCGGCGGCAGCUCGGCACAAUUCUUACUCCACCCAAGCCAAGGCCUGAUCUUCCCGACCGACCAUACCUUGUUGGUUUGACUGGGGGCAUCUGCACUGGCAAAAGCCACAUCAUCAAGACACUGGAGUCCCUAGGGGCUGUAGUGAUCAACUGUGACCCGCUUGGCCACGAGAGCUAUCGGCCGGGUACAAACGCAUAUUCGCACAUAGUGGAGACCUUUGGUGACCGAGUGGUUAGCCCUGAUGGCACAAUCGACAGGAAAGUCCUCGGCGCCAUCAUUUUUGCAGAUGAGGCAAAACGACAGCAGCUAAACAAGAUUGUCUGGCCAGAAGUCUCCCGGCUCAUUGAUGAACGGCUCGAAGAGCACAGGCGAAAAGGUACCGAAGUGGUUGUCUUGGAGUCUGCACUUCUUUUGGAGGCUGGCUGGGAAGACAAGUUUCACCAGGUGUGGGUGUGCGUCAUUCCUGUGGAAGAAGCGCUGAAGCGUGUGAUGGCCAGGGACAACCUGGAGAAAGACCAAGCACUGCACAGAGUCCAAGCCCAGAUGUCUAACAAGGAACGUGUGGACAAGGCUAAUGUCAUCUUCUGCUCCCUUUGGGACUAUGCCACAACAGAACGACAGGUGGCAAAAGCAUGGAAUGAACUUCAAGCAUUCUUAGGCAAGAAGAAGUCAUCGGCUCUGUAAUCGCCGUUUCUGUACAGAAACAUUUCUCCAGUCUCAUCUCUGGCGUUCAUGUGGGUAGUGCUGUACGCAUGCGUGGGGAUUAGCAAUCAUGUCAGCAUGGACUUUCAUUGAGGCAAUCACUGGACUAACUCGAUAAAUGGAGAAGAUUCUCUGUGUUCAUGAAGAGGUGCAUGAACCUGUGAUACCGGCACCAUAACCGAGAGACAAAGUUAGAGGCAGCUGCCCUCUGAUAAUUAUAUUUCCGAUUCAUGUAUGAUUCAAGAUAUGCAACGUAUGAGCAAUUAAAGUAUAUAUAUAUAUAUAUAUAUAUAUAUAUAUAUAUAUAUAAAUGUAUUUUUUCUUAGGUAUAUGCAUAGACUCAUUUCAUAAGCAUUAUGUACAAAGAGCGAGUACGUUGAUAACACAUUUUUAGGUAGUGCUGUUGCAUGGUCAGACAAGUUUCUGCUUGAAUGCCGCAAGUAUAGAGUUAUACUUUAUAAGGUGUUAGUGAAUUUUGCUUUUUGUGCGUUGAAUACAGUCAGCAUUGUCUGGCUCAUGUUGCCAUAUCUGUGAAAUAAGCUGGUGUGGGCCACAAGAUCAUUGCUGUGUGUACAGCACCAUGCAUUCAGGAGCAAUGUGUACCAUCUUGUACUGUGAUCAGACUUAUGAUGAGAACUGGUAGAAUUAUGACCACUGCAGGUAUCAAGGCAUAUAUUUUACAGAGGGGGAAAUAUUUCACGUGUGCUACGUUAUUGCAUCAUGCUUUUAUUGCUCCCCUAAUUGCACACUAAUGUGGUGCAGCCAGUGCAUCUGUAAGUGGUCACACAUAACCUACCAGCAAAUAUUCAGUGUCUCAUUUGCGACAGUCCUUGCUUACAUUUAUGGCAAGGAUAAUCAAAUUUUUUUUAGGCUUUUAAUCAUUGUUGAUGUUUUUUUUUUCUUUUGCAAAGAUUAUGCUAAAACAGCUCCAUUGUAAUCCAUGAUAAAAAUCUUUUAUAAAUAAGGUUAACAGCAGCAAGCAGGCAGUUUUAAGUAGUGCAAGUAUGAAUGAAAUAGCAAUUACAAUUUCGCAUGUUCUGCUAAGGUACAUCUAGAAAGUGUAAAUUUUACGGUGCUGCAUUUGUUUAUGUUGAUGGCAAAGUGUUAACUGAACACCUUUCAUUAAAUGCGCAAUGUUUCAAGGAACAGGAUGCACCAGAUGAGUUAUGUGGAUAUACAUUACAUUUUAGCAUGUAUGUUGUCAAACAGGCUGUGGAAGCCACCGUUACUAUAGCCUCUUUCGCAUGUUCUGCUAAGGUACAUCUAAAAAGUGUAAAUGUUAUGGUGCUGCAUUUGUUUAUGUUGAUGGCAAGGUGUUUUCUGAACACCUUUCAUUAAAUGCACAAUGUUUCAAGGAAUAAGACGCACCAGAUGAGUUAUGUAAUUUCAGCAUGUAUGUUGUUAAACAGGCUGUGCAAGUCACCGUUACUAUAGUCCCUUGUGAAGAUUCCGCUAAAGCAGCAUUUGAAUGGCACCAGGGUCCAGUAGAUAUUUUUGAAUGCACCAAGGAUUCAUUAAGAAAAACUUCAUUUGUGACCUGUUAACGAAUUAUCUGCUAAAUGUGUGAAAAAUAUCUAAAUUUAGCCGGUAACCUCAUAAAAUAGCAACGCUGUUUUAAACUAUAUGUGCUGACAGUGUUCUAAGCAGUUAUGAAUGAGCAAGCUUGGCACAGCUUUAACUAUUUUGUCAGCCCCAAAUAUCCAAUGUAUGUUCGUAGUUCCGGGUGUACAACUACCUUUGGUGUUUUUCUAAGGUUCUAGGACUGAGCAUACUGAAGUGCAACCUGACCUAGCUAAUUUCUUUAACAUGCAGAGAGCACCAAGCAAAAGCUGUGGCAUGGCACAAUCAAGAGCACAUGCCAUUGUGUAGCAGAAGAUCAUUAUUUGGAACACCAGUAAUGUAGUGCGAGCUUAAUAUGAGGUAGUGCCUGGUUGCUAAUGCUGAGAAUGCUGCAUUCAGUGACACCUUGUUUCAAACAGAAUGGAGUCCGAAUUCAUUUGGUGUUGUUCAUAGACAUUAAGUUAGCAACAAGGUAAAGAAUCCAAAAAUUUGUGUUCCAAUUUAUGAUGACACCACUUAUGCUCAUGGGAUCACUUAAAGCUAAUAAAUAAGCAGUCAAGAUAUCUAUGUAUUUACAGUCCUUAAAUGUGGAAAGUCAGAGUUCAAGUGUGUGAACUUCACUGUAUUAUGAAAGCUGUUUGCUUCACUUUGGGAGACAGUGAAAAAUGCGAUUAGAGAAACUUUGGCAAUGGUCACUUUAAACUAUGCAAGAGUGCAAAUUUUACAAUUAUGCAAGCACCAUAUUAUGUAUAAAAAGCUGCGCACUUACAGUAUGAUUUAUGGCUUGCACUUCACACAUUCUUAUAUUUUGCACAAAUGCAGGCAAUUACUAUGACAGUGAAGUGCUCGUAUUUGCAGACACACUUUCUGUGCAAUAUUUUUUGUGGCUGUGAGUGCAUGUCAUUACUGUGGAAAGAUAGGUGAAUUAUAAGCUGAAAUAAAGACAUGUUUUGGGCGUGGGA